AUGAUAAGAAUUAUUCAACUAAUAUAAAUUAAGACUUCAAACCUAAUAGAUCAAAUAAUCACUUCAUAGUCAAUAAAAGCUUAAUUUACAAGUAAUUAUUGUUUAAUUUGUGUUAGAAAAUUCAAAACAAAAAUAAUAUGCCAAAUUACAACAUUUUUCAUUAUCUAUUGAGUUUAUUAUUUAUUUUAAUUGUUUGUAAAUAAUGUCAUAAGCUGAUCCACUAUUAAAACUAAGAUUAAAACAAUAACGAGAGUUGUAGCAUCUAAUGGAAUACGAAAAAAAAUUAAAAGAUAAGGAAAUUAGAAAUUCGCAACUGUUAUUGAAAAAAAAAGAGAAAUUUUAAGACAUCUCAUUGAAACAAUUAAAAUUUAAAGAAGAUUUAAAAUAAAAGGCUGAAUAAAAAAGAAUUGAAUUUGAAAAAAAUCUAAGUCAAGCCAAAAUGAUUGAAUUAGAAUAAUUAAAAGUUAAGAUAUAUUUUUANACAAUUUCAUCAAAUAGAUCAUUCUAACCAUAAUAACCACUUGCAAAUGUCAAACAUUUCCCAUUCUUUCCAUAAAUAAAAUUAUUUGGAUCAUAAUACUAUAAAUUCUUAUUCCCACUAAUCUUAUCUAAUGUAGUCUCUUCACUAUCUACCAAUAUUGUUCGAGGAAUUUCUUUACGAAAAAACUUUUAGUCCAAUUUCUCACCACUAUCCUCUAUCAUUUGGUUCCAUAUAGCAUUUCCUAUUUGA